AUGUCGUCAAGACGAGGCAAUAGUAUUUCACCGUCACGAAUACACGAGAACCCCGAUGACCCUGCAGCAGUGCUCUGUGCGUUUCUCAUGGCGAGGCGUGGCUGGAGCCGUUCCCGCACCGCUCUCACAUUGGGAAUCCCACCACUUGUGCUCGAGGAGUGCAUCCGCAACGGUGUUUCCUCCACCGCAAUACGCUCGCAGUUAGCGCUUUGGAUUGCUGAGAACAAAGAUGAAUCCCUGCCACCAAUCCUUUUGAAGGCGGUUGUUGAGGCAGCACCUUCUUUGACCGUUGGCGCAUCGGAAUACCUACAGGACUGUGACCCUUUGGCCACACUGGAUCCUGUCACAGAGUCUUAUUUUGUCGAAUUGGGAUCGAGUGUUGGUCAGAGCUUUAUCUCAAUUUUGAAUGAUCCACAAGAUGCUGCGGAAAUCAACUCCAAUUGGGGAUUGUGGCUCGGAAGCGUCGUGUCUGGUGCCUUAGAUCACAAGGGACAGACAAAACGCGCGGAGACCACUGUGAGUCUAGGGCCGUCGUUGUUGACAUCAUCAUCAACAUCAUCAUCUGGGAAACUCCUUGCACGCUAUGGUUUGCAAGAAGACUACUCUUCUUACCUCCAUCUCGUUACUGCCCCGUACAAUAGGAAUCGGGAAGAGAGUCGGCAAGCAUCGACGAUAGCGGACAGAAGUGAGCGGCUUGGUAUUGCUAACACCCCUCCUUCCGUCGAAAAUCUUCCGUGGCCGACUGGGGUCCCGAAAGAGUUUUUUGAUUCUUUCUACGACGUGAGUUGUGAGGUUUGCUUUCUGGAGCGGAAGCUACGAGAACUCGGAGGAGACUCUGUAGUUGAGGAAAACAACGCUUCUAUUACUGCACAGACAUUUGGAGAGGAUUUUGAGGUAAUGGAGACUCGAAUGAAGGAGCUUCGUCUGUGGGAGAGUGCCGUGGAGGGAUGUCUUCUGCAGCAUGUACAAAGUCGCUCAGAGCAGUUUUUUUAUGCGUCCCACGAGUUUGGUAAUCGAGCUGCGGAGGCUCGAGAAGCCCUUGAAAGUCUGCGGCAAACGCGGACGGACAUUGGAACCUUUGGUAAGGGACUAGUUCAAGAGUUGCUUACGACCGCACGGUGUUAUCGAAGCCGAAACAACCUUGGGUCUUUGUGUAAUCUUGCGGAAAUGGUAAUGUCGGUCUCUUCUCAAGUGGUAGCUAUUGAAAAUUGGGUGGCACUUCCCGAACGGGAUAUGAUGGAAUUGCCAGUUAUUGUUGAGAUCUUUUGUACGCUGCAGGAUGCGAUUUUAGCAGGGCAUUGCACGGGAACUUUGUCGAAAAACGCUGGUACCAUUGGUAUGGGGUGGAUUACGAAGGUGUCAGCGAUGAAAGACAUCCCACGCCGUGUGCUGCAUUUGAAGGAGAAGCUCUGCGUGAUGAUUAUGGAGGAAUUGGAGGUGAUUCUUCUUCCGGCGGCGCGUGGAGGUGGAGACGAUGGCCACAUCACUAGGACAUUUCGUUCCGCUAUGAAAAUGGGAAUAUGGCCUAGUGCUGCACGUCACUGCAAUGAUCUUCUUGUAGAUACACUGUGGACGGCAGUUCGCGAAGCCUUUAUUGCCUUUGUGAUGAGUCAUUGCGAAAUCAGCGAUUCAACGGCCAAUAAUCUUCUUUCCACUGCGGUGACGGCUGAUUCUUCACGCGAAGAGAAAUUGACACUAUUUGAACAUUCCAACGCAUGUCGUUUUCCCCUGUACAUAGAAUUACUGGGCCUCAUUUCGGAUCAUGUCCUUGACUUUGUUACUCAAGCUGCCCAGCGAUGGGGGCUUCUGCUUGUCGAUAUUUUUCCCGACCCUUCUGUUUCAGACAAUGAGGGAGUAAAUGCGGAGGACACAAGGAAAUACUUCUCGUCCUUGUGUACGGUUGCGGAGAGUUUUGUCGCUCUUCUGCUUGAAGUUCGAAGCCAGCGGGGGAAAACGCCUACAAAUCUUCGGGAUCUUGAGACAAUUGUUUCUAUGAGUUGUGCCUUUCUGCCCAAUAUGGUGAGUAAUCUUCAAGGUGUUCUGGCAAUCUGUGGCAACAUCGGUGAUACAUGGGGGUUUGUCUCAGGAAGGCGGGUUAAGUCUGCCGUGACGCGGCUGGUGAAGGAGCACCUCCGCUCACAUCAUGCGGAGGGCAUUGAAAAAUUACGUGUGUCAAUUGAGAAUGAAACCUGGCAGCCAGAAAAAAUUGACCCUGCCUUUCAAUCCACUGUGGACGUUCUUUGCCGAAGUGACGAUGCAGCUAUCGAGGAACUUCGGACACACGCCGCGUUUACUGAAGUUAUGGGUGAGAAUGGGCUUUGCCAUCUUGCGGCACCAGUGACAACAGCAACAACAAUGGCGAGACAAAUGGUAGUAUCGGCGCCAUUCAAUCCAUCAUCUAAGCCUUUGAAUACGUGCGAAGCUGACGCAAAAAAAUUACUGUUGAUUCCACCUGUGGAUGGCCAUACGGAGGGUCGGGUGGUGAGUAGCUCGAUUUUGAUGUUGAUCACAUUGUUGCAUGAAUGUGAUGAGUACUUGAGUCGUUUUCCUUUUCUUGCCUUUGAUGUGAUGGGGAAAAUAUAUGACCUUCUCAGACUGUACGAUUCACAGUGUGCUGCUCUCCUCCUCGGCGCGAUGGCUGUGGAAAAUGGUGUGCUGGAUACAAUAACAACGCAGCACAUGGCGGUCGCGUCACAAAACCUGGCUUUUUUAUACGACGGUAUUCCACUUAUGCAGAGGCGCUGGCUUCGUGCAACAACUGUCGAUAAGUUGGCAUCGCCUAUUGUUGAAGACAUAAAAAGAGUUCGCAAGGACUGCGCGACGCACCGUUGUGAGUUUUUGGGUAAGAUAUCAGGCUUGGUCAAGGAGAAGGUUGGUGGACUUGGGACUGUCUCCGCGGAGCAGUGGCAAGCAUCUGGUAAUGAGUGGGUAAUGACAAUGCUGCGUGAGACAGCGAGGUUGAUGCGGGCGAUGAAGCCGAUUUUGCCUGCCGAGGAUUGCCGUGGGGUUGUAGUGCCGCUCCUUGGCACAUUUGCUCGAAUGAUUCGCUCGGUGACGAUGUGUCCGGCAGUUAAUGCCGACCUUCGAGCAGUGAUGCUGUCGGAUGUUCUUCUUUUCAAGGCAAAUGUGGAGAGAUUUGGCUUUGAUGUUUUACGUUGUGCGAUGUUAUUCAAUUCAGAAGCAGAAGCAAUGACGAAAUCAGUUGAGCCCUCCUCAUCGGAAGCGGAUGUCGUCGCCUGGUUUUUUAGUGACGAAGGAGGAUCAUGA